GUCUGAUACCCAGACCACAUCAACAUGCGUUGCAUGCUGAAAGGCGGGAACUGCGGUUUAUUUCACAAUAACACUCGUUCAGAACUGCGAGAAGGAAGCGGAUUUUUUUCUCUUAAGGCUCGUACUUGAACCUUUUCUCCAGCAAGCAUGGCUGACAGGGCACAGACAACCACCAAGAAACACAAGCAAUUUGUAUCGGAACCCAUGGGGGACAAACCAGUGACGGAACUGGGUGGAAUCGGCCCAAAGUAUGGCGAGAGGUUACAAGAGGCUGGAUUUGAAAAGGCCUUCAAUGUUCUCGGUCAGUUCCUGGUGCUGAACAAAGACAAAGAGCUCUUCAUUGACUGGCUGAUGGCAACGACGUCAGCUAAUAACAAGUGUGCCAACGAUUGCUAUAAUUGCCUCAGAGAUUGGAGUGAUGCCUUUAUGUAAUUGUUGUUUCUGUUUUUAUUUUUAACAAAUCUAUUGUGUCCAUUUUACGAUCAUACCCUGCAUGUCGAAACUGUUUAUAAUCGUAAGCAUUGUUUAAGCUUAACUGAAGUGACAAAGCAUCAGUAAGAUAGAUCAUGCCAAAGAUAUGUAGGGAAUAGAGGCAGAGAAUGCGGGAGGGGAGGGGGUAGUGCACUCAAGGGGCAAGCUUGCUGCUAACUAUUCAUAUUUCAUGCAAAUAGGAGCAUAAAUUGUAGGCUGUAGUGCACUAGCAGAACCAAAGCAAUGUUUAUUCCUUCAGAAUGCACCAGCAACUUAACACAGUCAAGUGCACUGCUGGUGUUCAAAUUGAAUGGCAGCCCCAUUUUUUGUUAUCGUUUCAAAAAAGGAAAUGUAAAUUCAUUUUUAAAAAUUCAAAAUAAAAUCCUAUCAAACUUCUCUUUCCUAGACCAAGUUUCCACAAGGUACGGUAUCCGUAGGAAAACUUAAUUGAGCACUGUUAUUUGUAUUAUGAGCCGUGGGUUAAAUCACUGAUCAACUAUCCAUGCAUACAUAAAGUAAACUUUGCACUUAAUUGGCCCAGAUUAUAGAGUUUAUUCAGAAGGUCCAAGGCUUAAGGUCCAAGUGUGCACGUACUUGGCUCUUAUGCACUUCCAACUAUACUUAUUUCGUGAGAAGAAUGAAUGCAGAUUAUGUUGGUAUUUCCAAAUAAGUACAUAUUUGCAAACAUAAGUUGUCACCACAACAUGCAUAAACUAUGUUCUGUUUUCAUGUGGUUGUAGUCGGGACAAGUGUGUUACAAUUACACAGGCAUACAGUAUGUAGAUCAUGCUUAGUGGGUGAAAUUUAUGCUACAAUCUAAUCAUUUGAUUUGAUGAUAAAAAAAAAUGUGGUAAGUCAGAUUUGAAAAUGGGUAAGUUAAAGGGAACG